GGCAUGAAAAUACCUGACAAACCUCCUUUGCCUUUUGGAUCUUUGUGUCUGGGUGCAUGCUUACAGCCUUUGACCUCCCUGUCAUGAUCCCAAAUCUAAAAGACAUCUUCCUGUUACUUUGGUUGCUUCAGUGUGGAGGAGGAAAUGUCGAUGUACAGCAGAAACCUCCAAUCCAGGUUGCCUUGCUCAAGGAAGAAAUAUCCAUCCCCUGUAAAGUCAUCUUCCCUUACAUGCCGAAAUACACCAAAUUUUCAAUCACCUAUUACUGGAUUAAUUCACUGGAUCAGAAGACAUAUAUCUAUAGUAGGGUGGAAAAUGUAGCCAUUCCUUCUGGAGAAGAGAAUAAGACUGCUGCCUUAUCUUAUGACCACAGAAUCAUGCCACUUGAAAACACCUCCUCUACUGGCACGUACUACUGCGAGGUCAAAUGGAAUGGUAUCCAAAAAAUAGGAAAGGGAGUGUUUUUCCUUAUUAGAGAUACAGGAUACAUAAAUAUCUUUUACAGCUGGGAAAUCCUCAUUACGCUUACUGUUCUUCUGGCUGUAUUGAGCAUCACUGCAACAGCUCUGCUUCUGUGGAAAAGAAAGGUGUUGUGCCCUAGAAGGAACCAGCCAAAUAUCCUGAGACAGAAGGUAGAAACUCAGCUCCCUUCAGCCAGCCCACCACCACUACCACCUCCUGUCUAUGAUAGCCUGGAUGUGCAGCAAGUUGAUGUCUAUUCUAGCCUCGAGAACAACACAAACAACCCAUCACACAGAAAGAAUCCUCCAGGGAAGACACCUAAGAAGCAAGAAACUCUAGAAGAAUCCUCUGAUACAUUGUAUGAGAAUAUUUAACAGGGAAGAUACCUGACCCUAUGUGGACAAGACAUCUCUCUGUAUAGCAGAACUACUCUCUUACAUCCCUGAUGAGAUGCAGAUACAUGGAGAGAUCCACACUGACUUCAGAGCACAACCACGAGGGAAUUGUGAACCCCUUGCCCCUUCUAAACUGCCCUUCAUUAACAACAGAAUGUAUCUGUUGAAAUCCCUCGGGGCUCGGUCUGCAUUGAUGCAGCAAAGCUAUUUUGCAGCAAAGCUGUUUGCUGCAAAAGAAAAGCUGCUUUUGUCAAGCACUUAUCUUGGGAAUGGGCCAUCUGUGAAGGUUUCUCUCACCUGCCCCGGCUGAAAUACUUAACUGUUGAUCCUCUGCAAGUGGUAGGACAAUCCGGAGAUUUCCCUGCGUGCUGGCUUGAUGCUCCGAUCCCGACCUGCAGCCGCCCAUCUGAUCCUGUGCUUGUGGCUUUGCUGAAAUAGCCAUCAGGACUUCAUGCAUAGUUUAAUCAGAUCCAAGCAUCCACCUGCCCAUUUCCCUUUCUCAGGAACCCCACAGCAAACAGCUUUCUCAUAAUCUGCUAAUCCCAUCAAGUAGUCACAGAUGCCUGCUGCGACCUUACUGGGGCGACUCAAAUCAGUGCCUCUAAGAAAAUGCUUCCCCUUCAGCAAUAUCAGCAGCGAGGGCUGGAUGCACUGAUGGAGAUAAAGGUGGAGAAAAGGAACACAGAGAAAUAUCCCUUCCUGACAACAUGUCUCAGUGACAGUGCUCAUUCCAGAACAAGAAAGAGGAACAAGGAGGUGGGAACGUGAAGAAACUCCCUUGCUGGGGCUGCAUAAGCCAGACGGGUCUGGGGCCAGGCUCCAGCCUGCAGAAGUCCUAGGGGAACUCCCCAGUUUCCUUUUCUUCUUGGCAGUGGGCAUUGUUAUCUCUUGGGUUUUUGAGCCUCUGUGGGAGCAGGCAUGGUACCUCUGCCCCACCAAAACCAAUCGGUUGGCCUUUGUUUCAGCUGGCUGUUGUAGAGAGUGUAAAGCUCCUUUACCCCUCCACCAUACAUUAUUGGCCAGGGAGAUCAGUUCUGAAACUUAGAACGACUGGAAGAAGGAGGAGGGCUUAGAAGUGAAUUUGCUGUCCAAGUUCUUUCUCCCCUGUCAGCUGGAACUUGCCUACCGUUUGUGUUGAUGCAUAUUCUGGUUCUGAUAGGGAAGGAGUUACAUUAAAUAGCUGUAUAACAUGAUCAAACCAGCAGAUUAAAAAGCUGAGGCUGUUUUAUCUCAUAUUAAAAAACAACAACGAAAUAACAACCAAACAAAACCAACCCAAAAUAAGAGUAUGCAGCAUAACUUGAGAGGAAUUGUAGAAACCUCUUUAAAGAAGAAGAUCAAAUUAAAAUUGAGCUCCAGGGUCAUAGGACCCUCUCUAGCUGAAGAUAAUGUUGCUAUGUAUCAGAGAUAGAGGCUGUGGAAAAUAUCUCCGGGGCCUCCAACCUUCCUAUACCAUGUUUAAAGAGAUAAUCCGCUUAUUGCUUUGCUCUUUUUAUUAGAAAAGAUUUCAAACAUGCAAUUUGGACUUUCUUUAACCACAGAAAAAUGUUUUUUCUCUUCCCAGCGCUGAGGAAUUCAUUUCAGAAAAGGCAACGAAUGGACAGCAUGUCUUAUUAGAUCCAUUUAUAAUUUGUUAAGUGAUCACAACAAUUAUAAAUAUUUUUGAAGUAAAACGUUUUACAUUUUACUAAUAUGACCAGGAAAUAUUUGUGUUUGCAGAAGAAUUUACAGAGGAUUGUACAGGUAUAACAAUUCCUUUCCUUAACAAAUUUGAAGAAAUGAUGAGAUGAAUUAUAAAUAUGUUGCAGUAUGGCAAUAAAAUAUUCAGCAGAUGCUGGUGGAUUAGAUGAAAAGUAAAAACUUUCAAAAUAAUGAUGGCUAGGUUUUGUGUUUUGUUUUUUAAAUUUUAUAAAUGUUAAAAAUACUGGAUGCUACUGGAAAUUUCCUGGCAAGGAUCUCUCUUUGCAGUGAGUUGAUUUGUCUUGUGUUUCUGUUACCUUUUAAAGUAGCAUGUUUCUUACAUUUAUGCCUGAACAAUUCUAUAUUAAAAAGCUGAAGCUGUUUAAAAUAAAACAUAAGAGAAAGAGCAGUA